AUGUCUCGCAACGCUCUUGUUACUGGUGCUGCUCGAGGAAUUGGACGUGCCAUUGCUCUUCGUCUUGCUAGAGAUGGUCUCAAUGUUGCUGUCAAUGAUAUCAAAGCAAGCUCUUCCGGUCUCAAUAAGACUCAACAAGAAAUCAAAAAAAUGGGUCGAAAAUCCAUCGCUAUCACUGCUGAUGUUUCUAUUGAUAAAACUGUCGAAACAAUGAUGCAGAAUGCUGCAAAACAACUAGGCAGUUUGGACGUAGGCAUAUCUUUUUUCCACGAUUAUUUUAUUUUUUUUCAAACUAAUAACACAGGUCGUAGUCGCCAAUGUAGGAAUUGCUCAAAGGCUGCUAAAGUCAUGAUUGCACAAGGCACAGGAGGCAAAAUCACUGGUGUCUGUAGUAUUGCCGGAUAUACAUCAGGUCGAAUGCUGAGUCAUUAUAGUGCAAGUAAAUGGGGUUUACGCAGUCUUACGCAAGAUGCUGCUAUGGAAUGGGCUAAACACAAGAUUACAGUCAAUGCUUACUGUGCAGGUUUUUUUUCUAAAAUACGAAUCUAA